CGUUACUCGCACUCCAAAGUAUACACAAGUGCUUAAACCUUAACGGUUGUGCAGUGUGAUAUUAUUUGGAUUUCAAGUAAAUCGUAGUUGAGUUUUUUUUAUUAUAUAUUUUUUUACUCAAAUUCGUUUACUUGAUAUUUUUAACCACUUUAAACAAUUUAAUUGACAUUUUGUUAAAGUUGGAUGAAAACAUAACAUCGCUUAAUUAUCGUAAUAUUUAAAAAAUCCCAAAGUUGUUUAUACCCACACAGAAAAAAAUGGCGUUAGAUCUACAUCGAAAAAACGAAUUCAAGAAAUCCAAAAAAUCAUAUGAUGAAAUUAUGAAGGAAAUUGUUACCGACGAGUUUCCACUGAAUCCGUUAGAAUUGGUCGGAGAAUUGAGCUUUGACAAUCCUGAGGUCUUAGAGGAAACUGACAAGCUGCCAAGAUCAGAUAUCCAGGAAUUUUAUAAAGAUGCUACUAUUUUCAUCACUGGUGGUACUGGAUUUAUGGGAAAAAUGUUGAUCGAAAAACUCAGUAGAUCAUGUCCACAUCUCAAGCACAUCUACUUGUUAAUUAGAAAUAAAAAAGGCAAGGACGUUAAUGAACGUAUCGAUGCUAUAUUUGAAGAUAGGUUGUUUAUGAGAUUGAAACAUGAGAGACCGAAGUUCUAUCAUAAGAUAUCUGCAAUCGCCGGUGAUGCGUCCUUACCAGGAUUAGGUAUAUCUUCCUGUGACAGACAAAAAUUGGCAGAAAAUGUGAAUAUUGUAUUCCAUGCAGCAGCUACAAUCAGGUUUGAUGAACAUAUACGCACCGCAAUCAACAUCAAUGUUCUUGGAACAAGGGAAAUUAUAAACCUAGCUAAAGAAAUGACUAAUCUUAAGGCAUGUAUGUACGUAUCGACCGCGUAUGCUAAUUGUGUACAUAAUAAAAUUGAAGAAAAAUUUUAUGGAGCGCCGUAUAAUUACGAUGGAGUUAUAUCCUUAGUGACUUCGGCAAACGACGAUAAAAAAUUAGAAAACAUCACACCCAGCUUAACUGCUGGUUGGCCAAACACGUAUACAUUCACAAAAGCUUUAGCCGAAGACUUAGCUAAACACGAGUCUGCUGGUCUACCAUUUGGAAUAUUCAGACCGUCAGUCGUUAUUUCAACAUAUAAUGAACCUGUUCGAGGUUGGAUCGAUAACGUUUAUGGACCCAUUGGUAUGAUUGUGGGAGUCGGUGCCGGAGUACUUCACACACAUCACUGUGAUGUUACCAAGGUCGUUGACUUAGUUCCAGUAGAUUUGGUUGUUAAUGCACUAAUAUGCUCGGCUUAUAAAGUCAGCAAAAAUGUACCAACAAUUGAAUCAGAUCCACCUAUUUUUAAUUAUGUCAGUUCUAAACAGAAUCCAAUAAACUUAGAAAAUUUCUUCGCCAUCAUCAAGAAACACGGACUACCUAACUGGCCUACCAUCAAUGCAGUUUGGUACUACUCGUUUAUGCCCACUAAUAAUCCAUAUCUAUAUUCCUUGUUGUUCUUAUUAUUCCACACAAUACCCGGUUACUUUUUGGACUUUUUAUGUCAGCUAACUGGCAGGAAGCCAAUGCUUAGUAACAUCUAUAAAAAAAUGAAAAAAGCCAACGCUGCACUAUCUUUCUUUGCAAAUAAUGAAUGGGAAUUCAAUGACAGUAACACCAGUGCACUAUGGAAGGAUAUGUCAGAAGCUGAUAAAAAUACGUUCUUUUUCGACAUAAAAGAAAUGUCUUGGGAUUAUUAUUCACGAGCUUGUGCUAUUGGUUUACGUUUAUACUUGGUAAAAGAUGACAUACAUACAAUUAAAAAUGCAAGAAUCAAAUGGGAAAAGUUACGUAAAGCUCACUUACUAUUAAAAACAGUCGUGGCAAUAGUAUUGCUGCGAAUCUGCUGGUUUAUCAUCAACAUGUGCUUUAAUUAGAUGUGUAUUAAAUCUAUUUAUGUGUUUUUUAAUUUUAUUGUUAAAUGAUUUUAAACUAUUUAUGAUUUGUGAUAUAUAUUUGUUACAUAAAUCAAACUUACAUUAUAGGGUAAAGCUUAUGGGAUUAAUUGUAAAUCAACAUUUUUUUUACGUUAAUUUAAGUAGAUGGAAUGUUACUAUCCAAGACUGAACAAAUAAUAUAUAAUUAUAUUGUAUAUUCGUGUUAGUUAUCAUUAUAUUUAU